GCCUCUUCGUAAGCCAUUUGUGCCGCGAUCCUCUGUCCGGCAUUCAUGAUUAUUUCUACUAUUUAUCACUAAUAAACAAUGACCUGUAUCAUUCUUAUUGAUUUUGUACACGCAUGCUUAUUUAGUAGCUCACUAAUUCCUUAAUAUUUACCUUCAUGAAGUCGAGGCGGUAUCGAUGUCAAACAGCUGUUACCUGUUUGAUUUACGCUAGAGUAAAUGAUGUGUGAAUUCUGCCUGGAUAUAAGGGUGCUGUUGCUGGUGUUUCCUCUCAUUCGCCUUGCUACUGUAACCUCGGUAUGCCAAAGAUUGUCAUAAAUGUGUCUGCAAUAUUAAAACGUUUGUAAUCAGGUGUCAAAAUUUUAAGCCCAAGGAUUUUUACUUGAUUAUUACCGUAUUGUUUGGAAAUUUUCUGAUAGGUCUUUUGACCGAAUGUGAAUUAACUGCUUAUAGACGUGUUUUGUGACCGUUUCCCUUACCGGUGGAAAUAAGUAAUAAAAAAAAUGUUUCAGCUUGUCAGAACUAGCUUAUAUGCGCCUGGAGUUUGUGAUAAAACAAAGAGAUGGAUGGAUUGCACAAAGGGUCUUGGGAAUUCGAUGGUACUAUUUGAGUGUUUGGAGUAAAAUUACAAAUGUACUGUAAGUGUACCAUCUUCGGGUGUUUAGGUUUUCUUUCCUUUCCAAGUGUCUAAGCUCUGCCAACCUCCAUAGAUUUAAAGAACAAUAAUAUAGAUAGGCAGUCGUUGGUUGACAAACGUAUGAACCGGAGGUUAUCGAUAUUUUUCCUCCAGAUGACUUAGUUUUAAGAAAGAAAUGGGCAAUUUCACAAGGUUAAAUAUUAAGCAGUAUAAAAGACAGCUGUAUAUACACUGUCAUUCGAAUAACUUGCAGCAGUACUCAUGUUAUUCUCACAAAAUUUUGUUUUAGUAGAACAUUUGUUCCUCGAUCUGGUUAUUUGGUGGAAUUCAUUCCAAAUGUCUUUGAACAACAAGGAUGUGAUUUUUUUAUCAAAUUUUCUUAAUCCUGAACAGAUCGCUCGUCAGACAUUGGAAAUUAUUACUAAUAUAGCACAACAUCAGUUCGCUAAAUCGGAUCGUUAUAAAUUAUGCCGCACUUUGAUGUUCCUUUUGCAGCAUGAUUUCUUGUGUGAAGCAAUAUCUCAUUUUGGAGCUGCUUAUUUAAUAUGGGAUUUGUGGAAAUCAGAACACUUUCCAAAUGGUAAUAAUCCAUUUACAGAGUUUUUAGUCUCAUAUCUGCAGGAUGAAAUGAACUGUAAAUUACCACGAUCUGCAAUUUCUAUGUUCCAUACGGUUCUCCAUCAACCUGAUCAUAUUCGUGAUUUUUUAAAGUACACUCCAUUACAGAUUUUUGAUUUACAAUGUCCCAAUAUUGAUACCAAGCUCAACUGGAAUAUACCUUCAUUUAACAACUCUCCGACUUCAUCUUCACGUGUUUCGAAAUUAGCCGCCUCUGGAUUAGCAUGUGUUGUCCCUGAUAAUGACGUGCCUAAUUCUUUUAAGUCUUCUUUUCAUUUACAUAAAGCUGGUACAGUUGAUUCAUCCAAUACAGCAGACCUACAACGUCAGUGUUUGGACUCAUUAUUGGCUCGUGGUGAACCAUUGAGUUGUCGAAAUAAUAUAUAUCCCGAAUUUCUUCGUGUUGCUCCACCUUUAUUACCGUGUCCUCAAGGAAUUGAUAAGAUUUUAUAUGAUCUAGAUGAAGAGUUUGAAUCUCCUAUUCAUACAGACAUUGGUGCUAUUCCUGUAGACAAGAAAUCCUCAGCAAAGAAAUCUAGACCUACUUAUGGUUGGUGCGAAGAACUUAUCUGGCUUAAUCCUGAUAUUGUGGAACAUGAUUUCCAUUGGAAUAGCAGUGUGGAGUUGGUCAAUAUGACAGUUGAGCUGCGUCAACUAAUCGCAACAGCAAUGGCAUCUACAUUAACUCAGUCACAACAACACACUAUUGUACAAGCGAUUAAAGAUAAUCCAAAUGUUAUUCAUAGCGUUGGGAUUACCGCGGAAAUUCUACCAAAUCUUGUUAAUCGUAAUCCAGUGAUUGCAAUUGAGGUUUUACAAUUACUAAUUACAUCACCUAAACGAGAUGAGUACUUGAAUGCUUUAUUGAAAAUGGAGGUCACCGUACAAUCAAUCGAAGUAGUGAAUAGAUUAUCUACAAAAAUAGUCUUACCUACAGAAUUCAUACAGAAUUAUAUAUCGAAUUGUUUAGCAUUUUGUUAUUCAGUACAAGAUAGAUUCUAUCAAAUGCGUCAUGUACGACUUGUAUGUGUACUUCUUCAAUCACUUAUCCGAAACAAUAUAUUAGAUAUUCAUAAUCAAGAUAUUUUGAUUGAAGUAAGGACAUUUUGUGUAGAGUUUACAAAGGCACGGGAAGCGACUACACUUCAUCGAUUAAUAUUGAAUAUGGAGAAUGCUGCUAAUACACAGCAACAAGAUACUUCUAAUUCAAAUACUGAGACCACUAUCUCUUGAUAAUCUAUUGAAAAUUGCUGUUUCUAAUUUCUUUUUACUAACAGUACAGUAUGUAAACUACAAGUUGUACAAAUUACAUAUGCAAAUAUCACUGAAAUGUUUUUUUUCUAAUAAGCGUUACAUAAUGA